ACGAGUAUUUAAAGAGGAAAGAUUUAAACUUGCAAACUUGCGGCUCAUGAGCUCUAUGUCAGCCCCACCCAUCAUGACCUGGCUGCACUGUGGAGUAACCGGGCAACUGAGGGGCAACUCCACACAGCGUCAACAACACUUACAUGGCAACAAAUGUAACAUCACAAUCAACAAGAGAGAGUCAAUAUAUGACAAAUAGUCAAGUAGAUUUCAAUAGUCUAUUAGCACCUCGCAGAAUAUUUGUAAGGGCCAAAACUACAUAAUAAUCAUGACAGGCCUAGAAGUUGCCUGAUCUCGAAUUCAAUGCCAGUCCCUAACGCCGUCAUAAAAUCCAUCCCUCAGCGUUCGUUGGAAUCGCCUACUGGCCACCGCGAAGUCGGAGAACGAGGUGGAGAGUUGACUCCUUCUGGAUGUUGUAGUCGCUCAAGGUGCGACCAUCUUCCAGCUGCUUACCAGCGAAGAUAAGACGCUGCUGAUCAGGGGGGAUACCCUCCUUAUCCUGAAUCUUGCUCUUCACGUUGUCGAUAGUGUCGCUGGAUUCGACCUCAAGAGUGAUGGUCUUGCCAGUGAGAGUCUUCACGAAAAUCUGCAUACCACCACGAAGACGGAGAACCAAGUGGAGAGUAGAUUCCUUCUGGAUGUUGUAGUCGGAAAGAGUUCGGCCGUCUUCGAGUUGCUUUCCAGCAAAGAUCAGGCGCUGCUGGUCAGGAGGAAUACCCUCCUUGUCUUGGAUCUUGCUCUUCACAUUAUCAAUGGUAUCGGAUGACUCGACUUCCAAAGUAAUGGUCUUUCCAGUAAGGGUCUUGACAAAGAUUUGCAUACCACCACGGAGGCGGAGGACAAGAUGAAGGGUGGACUCCUUCUGAAUGUUGUAAUCAGAGAGAGUGCGGCCGUCCUCAAGCUGCUUGCCGGCGAAAAUCAAGCGUUGCUGGUCGGGGGGGAUACCCUCCUUGUCCUGAAUCUUGGAUUUGACGUUGUCGAUAGUGUCAGAAGACUCAACCUCGAGGGUGAUGGUCUUGCCGGUCAGGGUCUUGACGAAGAUCUGCAUGAUGGCGGUGAUCUGUCGCAGAAGUGAUGUGGAUAGAUGGUAAUCGGAAGAGAGAAGGUCUUUGUUAUCGCUGGUCUUGAGCGAAAGUAAAGUCUUGUGUGAGAGAUGUUUCGGGAAGAAAAGAGGAUGAAGUUAGAAAGAGGUGAGAGAGGUUUAAGUACUGAGGGGGAAGGUUUGUUUGAUAAUCAAGCGGGCGGGCAGGCGAGAGGGGGCGCAGUGACUGGAUUACGCUUGCCAGUGACGAACGGCACAGGCAAGGCAGCGUGGCAGACACUGGAACCCAGAAGGCAGGAGCGCAGCUUCCGGGGGCGGAUGAUUCAUGCUCGAGAGCGAAUGACGGUUGCGACUAGGGAAGGCUCCAGAAUCCGGCCAGGCUGCAGAGCGCCACAGCAAGUCCUAGAUACUUUAUAUACAUGUGACCUCACGCGCUGAUUCAAAGUACUCGAGACCUGUCACUUAUCGCCGUGAAGUGGGUCCAAGGUUCGCCAAAGGCUGAAAGUCAGACUGAUGUCAGGAGCGGUGUUUGGAUGUCUAAGGUAGGUAUCUGGUUAUUCAUGCUCUAGCAUCUUCGAGGAGGAUCUCGAGGCGCUUAGAGAUUUAAAAGCAAACCAUGGCCCCAAGUUCAACCCAAGACUGUAUCUGAGGGGCCUUCAACAAGCAGCAACCACUACCAGUAGCUAAUCAGUCAAAGAGUGUCUACCAUAGGCCGUCGCAGUCACUUAUCCAUCACCGUCUCAUUCACCAUCUAUCUCACCGUGAUUCACAUCAGCAGAUACCCACGGUCUAGCGCUAGGAUGCACGAGAGUGGAGUGGCGGAGCCUGGCGGGCAUGUCGCCACUUUACCCCGGGAAAGACAAAAAGCGAUGCUUGUUUGGAUAUCUCGAACAGAUGCAAUUCGACCGUCGCAAAUUGCCUAACAAGAACGGCUAACUAUUGAGGCCUUUUCUAGGAGAUCGCAGGUGAUCAUUCCCUAAAGGUUCGGUGACCAAGCCUUUGGAUCAGGAACCGAUGGCAAACGCUCUGGAUCAACACGCCGAGAUAACUCAAAGUGGAUUUGACAGGAUACGGAGCAGGUCUAGCACCAUGAUCAAAGACGGGAGACUUGAUGUACCUGUACGGACACCUCUCUGGCAUCGAGAAUCCAGCACUCAAUUCACUUGCCGUCUGCCUUGCUGAAUUUUUACAGCAGAAAAUUCGACAACCUCAAUCCAACUUCCAGAUCAAAUGUCCCGGGGGUCCCCGACUUCUGCCGCCCGCUGAAUCCGGUCUUGUCGGUGCUCGCGACGUCAUCAGCCAACGAUUCUGGCCCGUGAGGACCCUGUCUCGACGACUACCCUGUUCGCAUCAACUUCUUGAACUUGCUGCAACACAACGAGGCCGGUAACGUUUCGAGUUUGGAUUGAUGGCAAUGCCUUGAAUUCGAAGGCAUUUAUUUCCCAGCCGUGGCCGUCUUUGUUGCUUUCAUCUGGGAGCAACCGUCUCGCUGUUUCGUUUGAUUCGUUAUCAAAGCUAAUAAUGAGCUUGACUCAAACAAUCAUUGCUUAACAUGGCGUCUUAUCAUGACCCCGCCUUUGUGGUGUUGGCAAGGAACCUCGUGAACUACCCAGGCCCUCGAUUCCGUGAUAGCUUGGCCUCAGGGGGCAAGAAAACACUAAACCACCUUGAUAUAGGGUGUCAAAAUGAACUUAGCAAAGAGACCCUCAAACUUAGGCUAAAUUUACCUAAUAUUUUCAUCGCUUAGGGUCAAGGUCCUGAGUUUUCUUUCCUCCCCUAGCUCGGCACUGCCUGAGGGUGUCUAAUGCCAUCGGUCUGGCCAAACAGCCAUGGUGAUUCACUUCAUGCCAUGGCUGACUGUGUUUUUCGCUUUCCCUACGGAGUACAGUCGUUGCAAAUAUGCGCCUGGAUUUGGAAAUAUCUUGGUGUCGAGUGAGACAUUGUCUCAAUAGCUUCUGAAGUUGUGACUUCAAAUGAUUCAAGCAGAACAUUAUAGGAAUGGAGUGGCCUUGGGGUGAUCACUUGAGAAAAAAAACCAAAGGUUUCUUGCUUCUCCUUGAGCGGCCCCUGACAUUAGUUAUCUGAUCGUUCAAAGAUCUCAUGCCAUGCACUGGUCACUCAUUCACAGAUUCCAUUCAGUUCAGACUCAAAUUUCAAGGGUUUAAAAAUUCCAUUCGAUAUACUUAUGGCAGCUCUGUAGCACUUGCCAAGCAUAGAGCCUUUUUUGUAACUAUCCCAAUAUCCCUUUGACAAAUUGCUAAAAUAAAAAACACGAUUCGCUCUGCUCUUCGUCGUCGACUUCGCACUCUGCUUGUCGCGAGUCUAGCCCACUUGAGCUCACCAACGCCCUCCAAAGACACUGUAAAUCACACACACCUCCCAUAUAGGCUUAUCAGCCAUGCGAGUUCAAUCAUUCCUCAAAUGCCACAUCGUCAAACAUGAUCCCGUAAUAACACCACAAAAUGGGUGAGGUUCGCUAUCAUCUGUAUGGUACGGUCGUUGUUCUCUUUCUCCAAGA